GCUGAUAUAUGGAGUUUGGGUAUAACAGCAAUCGAAUUAGCAAACGGAGAACCACCUCAUUCGGAUUUGCAUCCGAUGCGUGUUCUCUUCCUGAUCCCCAAGAAUCCAUCACCUCAACUCACCGGAUCACAAUGGACCAAAACAUUCAAAGAGUUUGUCGAGCUUUGUCUCAACAAGGAUCCCGAAAAUGUGAGUAGUUAUCAAACGAAGUGUUUCAUCGGUUGA